AAAAGUUAUUUCAUCAGAGGAUUCAUCCCCAAAUUAUAAACUGUAUUUGUUUUGUCAUUUUUGUGAGCUGUUAUUACAACGGGAAAUCGGGAAUAGAGAAGAUCAGAAACAUCCGAUGGGUGACGUCAGUGAAGCCACCUCCUCCGCAGCCGCAGCCGCUGCUUCCGCCCUCAACGAUGAUCUUCUCAAGAAAUUCUUCUCCGAGGUCAGCGAGGUCGAGCGCGAUAACGAAGUUAGCAGGAUCCUUUCAUGUUUCAAGUUAAAUGCUUUUGAGUAUCUUAACCUUCCAUUUACAUCCUCUGUAGAAGAUGUGAAAAGGCAAUAUCGCAAGUUAUCAUUGCUUGUUCAUCCUGACAAAUGCAAACAUCCACAAGCUAAGGAGGCAUUUGGAGCUUUAGCUAAAGCUCAGCAACUAUUACUUGACCAACAAGAGAGGGAUUAUAUUCUGAACCAGGUUAAUGCUGCAAGAGAGGAACUUAGAGCAAAAAGGAAGAAGCAGCUGAAAAAAGACACUGCAACCAAAUUAAAAUCAUUAGUGGAUGAGGGGAAAUAUGAGCAGGAAUAUGAACGAUCGGAGGAAUUCCAGCAGCAGUUGAAAUUAAAAGUUCGAGAACUCUUAACAGAUCAAGAGUGGAGAAGAAGAAAGAUGCAGAUGAGGAUAUCAGAGGAAGAAGGUAGAUUAAAGAAAGACGAAGAAGAAACAAAGGAGAUGUGGAAACGGAAGCGUGAACACGAGGAGCAGUGGGAAGGGACAAGAGAAAAGAGGGUUUCUAGCUGGAGGGACUUCAUGAAAGGAGGAAAGAAGGCUAAGAAGGGUGAGCUUCGACCACCAAAGCUCAAGACAGAGGAUCCGAACAAAUCAUAUGUUCAAAGACCACUCAAACGAUGAAACUAGUUACUAUUUUAACUUGUCUCUGUUGUGCCCCAAUUUUUUUCUCUCAACAACAGAUAAACACCCUUUAUUUGAAUGUAGCAUGUACAAUAUUCAUUCCAUGCAAUUUUUUUAUCAUACAGUUUCA